CUUUAUAAAUUCCAUCGAUACUAUCGAUGGAGCCAUCGAUGGAUUUCCCAGCUCUAGCGUUGCUAGCAUUGGCUAAUUUGCAAGGCGCGUGAACAUAGUUUUGUGUAUUAAAAAAAUAGAUGUAUUUUGUUAACAAAAACGGUUGAAAACUACAAAGAAACGUUGCUGUGGUUACUUUAUAUCUAUUGCCGGUGAAUUGCGCGUUGUUAACCAACGCGCAAGAAUAAAAAUAAAAGUUUUUCGGCCUUGCGAAAAAAACGAAACCGUUUUGGGCGCCUUUUGUGGUUUGCCAAAGCGUCUGGCGGGUGACAUAGUUUCACAGUUAUUCGGUGGCGCAAACACACUUGUUAUAUAGCAUAUCGGAGUUCAGUCUAUAGUUUACAGUUAUAAAUAAAGUAAAAUUAAAUAAAUAAAGCACAAAUAUGCCGAUUUGCAAGCGUGAAGGAUUUGAUAUAAAUGAUGGCAAAAAUGUUACAUUCCACGACAAUGAUUUGGUCUUCUGUUGCUACAUAACGAUGCGUAUCUUCAAGGACUAUGAGGACUACUUUCGACACGUUAUGGUCAUCAAUUCGACAGUAUGGCAAUGCGAAGCAACUGGACGGGACAAUCUUACCUACGAAGAGGCUUUGAAGAGCGAACGUGUUGCUCGCAAAAAGAUGGAACAAUUCAAACACAGCCUCCGGGCUCCUGUGCUCCUGGUGAUUGAACAUGCCCGUCAAUCGGCUGUGAAGACACUCAAUUUGAUUGUUGGCAAAUUUCUGCGUAAACGUUACUUUUUCAACGAGGAGGUCACAGUGGUGGGACACAAAAAGAACCUAUAUGAGAUUGUUGGCAUUAUACCGGGCAAAGAGGCAGCCCAACCGGUUGAUGGGAUUUACGAAGACACUGAUAAUCUGGAUUACCGUUUGCGUGUGGUCGGCGGGGAUGCCAAAACAGAGAUUACGGUGCCUUUCGACAAAAUACGUCGCCAGCGGACCGACUUUAAUCUCGAGAAUCUGGGCAUGUUCAUUAAGAACAAUGUGAGUCGUGUGGAUGGUAUAUUGCGACCCAAAUCAGAGUCCUUUAAGCAAUAUGUAUCAGAGAAAGGCUUAAACUUUAAUAGUAUAUUCAUUGGAAAGAUGCCACACUAUGCUCAUGCUAAAAGUAAGCGACCCAACGAUGCCCAAGAAAGUGCUAACAAGAAACAAUCCACGCUUAAUAAGUACAUUGUUAAGGGCGAGGAGGCUACGAGUAAAGCAAAAGCUAAAGAAGCCAAAUCGUUGGCUGAAAAUAUGGAACGUAUGCGCCUGGAAAAGGAAGCCUGGCUAGCGGAAACAAUACGUCAAAAGGCCGAAAAGAGGGCACAAAUUACGGAACGUGUGGAUGCCGAGAUUAAUUACUUGCUGCAGAAAACAGAUGACCUGGAACGCAAAGAUCAGCGAAUGAUGCCAACGUAUAAACCGAUAGUGACAUUCCUUCAGGAGAAACUAAUUGGUGAUGCCUUCAUGAUGCGCGAAUUUAUGCACACUUACUGCGGUCUGCUUUCUGGAAUCGAAGUGUUCCGUCAGAACCUCAGUUUCUAUGAAAUGUCACGAGCACUGAGCGCUCGGGAGGUGGCUGGUCCCCUCUCGGACAUUCUAUUGGUACUCUUGGGCACAGUAUUCGAUCUACAGAAAGAGGAAGAUGAAGACUCUGUUGUCCAGUAUACGUUAAGAAACUUUACAUCUGUCCAAGAGCCCUCCUUAAGUAUGAGCAAUGCCACACGUAGCCACUACUAUGCCAAGCGUCAUUUUUCAUUCAAAAUCUAUGAUCUGCCACUGGAUGCAUUGACCCUAAGCGAAGUUCUGCGACUCCAUCUGCUCAGUAGUGGAGCAUUUGUGGAUGACAAAUCGGAGAGAUGGCGCAUUAUGUAUCGCAACGGUUACUCCUCGCGCGAGGAUCCCGGGUUGGCCCUUCGUAUGCGUCACUCGCAUAUUUUACGCUUUCUAAAGAACUACCCCAUUUAUCAACUUGGUUUUCGGGAUAUUAUGCGAGUCAUUCGUUGUCUUAUGGAUCAAAUUUUAACAUAUUCAGCCACCUUAAAUGUGAUUGAAGAGCGGAUGGAGCAAAUGGCCAAGGCUAAAAUGGAAUUGCGUACCCUUCUUCACACGGAAAAUCGUCGCUUAGCUGCCGUGGAGCAAAACAAACGCCGAUUGACCAUGGAGCAUCAUCAGAAAUGCCAGUCCGAUGAAUUAAAGAACGACACAGCCAAGAAACAGGCACUUGGCGAAAAACUGAACAAGAGUAUAGCCGAGCUGCAUGCCCAAUCCGAUGUCCAGCAGCGUAAGCAUGAGCAGCAGGUGCUUCAGAUGCACACACAGCUAUUUAAUUUCCUCGUUUAUUUGGGCAUGGAUCGUUGCUAUCGCAAGUACUAUGUGCUUGAAUCCUGUCCAGGUAUAUUCAUCGAACAUCCGCCGGAUAGCAUGGAUAUGUGUCUGCAAGAACCACCGCUAAAUAAAUCACAAGCGGAAAUACGUACUCAAUCCCAGUUGCCGAAAAGUCGUAAAGAUUUGCGUUUUUAUUUGAUGAAACUUUAUGGCGAAGAUGAUAAAAAGCCACGAAAAAGUGCAGCAAAGCAAUCGCUAGAGAAUAAAGAGAACCAAGAGCAUCAUAUUAAUGGUCAUGCCGAGCCAAUGGAAUUGGAUGCAGAGAACAAUCCAGCCAGCCAGCCAAUCGAAUCACCCACACAGUAUCAAUUGCUAAUGUGCACGGGAGAUCGUCGAAAUUGUAUUGUGCACAAUGAACGUGAUGGCCAGCGGCAACGUUGGGCAUACAUUUACUUGCCGGAAGAAAUCGAUGAGUUAAUCAAGUCUCUGAAUCCAUUGGGUUGGCGUGAAUCCCGGCUACUAGAAGAGUUUUCCACUUUGCGCACACUAAUCAUCGAGCAUACGAAAUCGUGUCCAGCCGAUAUGCUCUCUCUGGAUACGGAGAAGAAGCGCAAUAGCUUCGUUAGCUCUAUGUAUACGGAAACCAAUCGAAAGUAUGGGGAAGCCAAUUUUGGUCUAAGCGAAGGCACCGACCUUAACGAAGUCAUGCAAUUGCAUUUGGUGGAUCGCAUCUUGAAGUUCGAAAGUGACAUCUACACAGGGGAUUUGGGUCAACUUAAGGUCAAGGAUAUGGAGAAAUGGCGUAAUAAUUUACUCACAGGCAAUUACGAUGCCCAGUGCAAAUUGCAAUGGGGUCCACGGGGCAAGCAUGAUGAUGGGCCUGAGACUGCGGCUUCGGCAGCAGGUUCCGAUAAUGAAUCCCACGAGGAUUACUUGGAUGAUCACGAUGAGGAGAUCUACUACGGAAGAUUUGGCAGGAAACCGUAUCGUGAUCCGGGCAUUUAUCUGGGUCCCACUUUGGAAAUCGACUCCGAGGACAGUGCCGAUGAUGAAGUGCCAAUGCUAGAGUCGAAACUCAUACAAGAUCAGGUGCAAAAUAUGGCAAGUGCCUUGCUACAAGUGGAGCAGGCAAUCCAAAGACGUUUUCUCAAGGAACCGUAUGGUCCAUCCAAAAGCGGCCCAAAGCAGGAUAUGAUGAAGGUGUCUGAGGCCAGAAUCCAGCAAUGGGAGGUCUCUCUCAUGGAGAGCACCAGCUUUGCCCAAGUGUUUUUGCAUCUAAACUUACUCCACGAUUGCAUUCAUUGGCGGCGAUCCACCAAUAAGUCACUCUGCAAGGUCUGCCGACGUGGCACCGAUCCGGAAAAAAUGUUGCUAUGCGAUGAAUGCAAUGCUGGCACUCAUAUGUUCUGCAUGAAACCAAAAAUGCGUACUGUUCCGGAGGGCAAUUGGUAUUGUCGAGCUUGUGAGAAAGAAAAAGAGCCCGCAAAAACAAAAAAUAAACGAAAACUUGUCACAGAUGAGAUGUUGAGAAUGGUGGAGAAUGAAGCAGAGGAAGAGCAGGAUGAAGAGGAAGAUGAGGAGGAAGAUGAUUCUGAAGCAGAUGCAGAUGUCUCUCAAAGCGAUGCAUCCUCCACUAAAUUACCAGUCCAAGUGAAUGGACGUUCAACCCGUCGUGUUAGUGAACGUCGUCGACGAUUGAAAUCCAAAGAAAUUGAAGAAGCUAUGGAGAAUGAUGAUGAAGAUGCUACUGAAUCUGUGGCAAGUAAAGAAGAACACGAAGAUGAACAAGAAGAAGAGGCAGAGGUCGAUGAAGAUGCCGAGGAGGAGGAGGAAGCGGAGGAUGAUAAAGUCUGUCAGGUGUGCUUCUAUGAUGGAAGUGAGAUUCGUUGUGUUCGCUGCAGCUUACACUAUCAUUUGGAGUGCGCCCAACUAAAACGUGCGCCGCGCACGGAUUUCAUAUGCAAGAAGUGCAAAACGGCAGAGACCACACAACGUUCAAGACGACGACAAAGUCCGGCCAAUGAUGAUGAUGACAACGAUGAGGAUCCCGAUGAGCCACAACCGAAACGUUCACGCUCUUCACGCAGCUCCGUGCGGAUUUCCCUCGACAAAUCGGGACGUCACAGCAGCAGCAACAAUAAUAACAAUGAUACCAGUAAUAAAAAUAACAACAAUAAUAACAAUCGGCGUAGUGGUCGCCGAACGAAUGAUGAUUUGCCUCUAAACAGUUCUGCCUUGUAUGAUCUGCUGGAGCGGACAAUGAAACAUAAAUUAGCCUGGCCAUUUCUGCGCCCAGUGUUGAGUUCUGAGGUGCCUGAUUAUCAUCAAAUUGUUAAAACACCCAUGGACUUGGCCAAAGUCAAGUCCAAACUGAAUAUGGGUGAAUAUCAAUUAAACGAAGAAUUGCUGAACGAUAUCCAGUUGGUCUUUCACAACUGUGAUCUCUACAAUGUGGAAGGCAAUGAGAUCUACGAUGCUGGCAGUCAAUUGGAACGAUUUGUUAUAGAACGAUGCCGGGAUAUGCAUUUGCCGUUUAAGCCCAGUAGAAUGAACCCCAAAAUGGUAUAUUAAAAUGCAGUUGUCCCUCCACCAGAACCACCACCAAUUAUCGAUCUCGAUCUCCGGCGAUCGUGUAAAUUAUUUAGCGUCAGAUUAAUAUGAGUAAUUUUUAAGUUAACGUUUAAGUCUAAAGUUCGAUAUCAAACUCGCAGUUUUCUACUAGAGUUAGUUAUAGGAAAUGUUCACUCUUAUUUCUCUUUACGUUUCUAGAUGGUUAGUUUUGUUAGAAGGCAUGUUAAAUUAAGUUACGCACACAUUUUCCAUUAUGACGUUGGUUUUUUUUCUCUCAAGAUAUCGUAUUAUAAAUUAUUGUAGAAUCUACACACCGUUUAUCAUUAUCAAUUAAUAAUAAUAAAAAAAAACACACAAUUUAUAUUAUAAAUAA